AUGUUAACCACGAUUACGCCCAUUCAUAAUACCCACGGUUGUGGAGCUGUUGCCGCUAUGGCUGCUGCUUCUCCGGUGAACUCCUCAAUGGAAUCAUCUUCCACAAUCGUCGCCUUGGAAUCUCCUAUUCUCAUCUUUCUCUUCUUUCACAAGGCUAUACGUGCCGAGCUUGAUCACUUCCAUCGCGACGCCAUCGAAUUCGCUACUAACCACCAAACUGCUGGGGAUAUUCGGCCGUUGUUGCAGCGCUAUCACUUCCUUCGAGCUGUUUAUAAGCAUCACUGCAACGCUGAGGACGAGGUCAUCUUCCCGGCGCUAGAUCUACGAGUGAAAAAUGUGGCUACUACUUAUUUCCUUGAACAUGAAGGUGAAAGUGUUCUGUUUUGCCAAUUGUUCGAGCUUCUGAAUUCAAAUGCGUGGGAAGAAGGGAGCUAUAAGAGGGAGUUGGCAUCUCGUGUCAGAGCUCUUCAGAUAUCAAUAUGCCAACAUAUGUUCAAGGAAGAGGAACAGGUAUUCCCAUUACUUACCGAGAAGUUUUCUUUUGAAGAACAGGCAGCACUGGUAUGGAAAUUUCUUUGUAGUAUACCUAUUAAUAUGCUGGAAGUCUUUCUUCCGUGGCUUUCUUCCUCUAUAUCUCCAGAUGAGCAUCAGAUUAUGUGCAAAUGCUUGAGCAAAAUUAUCCCUGAGCAAAAGCUUCUUCAGAAGAUAAUAUUUUCCUGGAUGGAGGGUGCAAGAAAGGCUCGUGCCAACCAAAGUUCGUAUGACGACAGUUUAGAGUUUCAAUGUCUAGGCUUUCAGGUCCAUGAUCUUAUAUGUAUGCCAGAGAAGGGGAAUGACACUUCUGAAUCAACGAGAAUUGGUAAAAGGAAAUACGUGGAGCAAAGUAAUUUUACCUAUUCUACUGUUUCAGAUGCUUGCCCCAUCAAUGAAAUAUUACAUUGGCAUAAUGCUAUAAAAAAAGAACUAAAUAGCAUCGCUGAGGCAGCUAGGGACCUAAAUUUUUCUGAAUUUUCUGAGUUGUCUGCACUUAAGGAGAGGCUGCAGUUUAUUGCAGAAGUCUGCAUCUUCCACUGCAUUGCUGAGGAUAAAGUUAUAUUCCCUGCUGUAGAUGCUGAACUAUCUUUUGCCGAUCAGCAUGCAGAAGAAGAGAUUCAAUUUGAUAAGCUUAGGAUCUUGAUAGAAAGUAUCCAAGCUGAUCAAGCUAAAUAUUCUUCUGCUGAAAUUAAUAAAAAGUUAAGUUCUCAUGCCGAUCAAAUUAUCAAGACCAUCCAGAAGCACUUCCAUGAUGAGGAAAUGCAUGUUCUUCCACUUGCUCGCAAGCAUUUUGGACCCCAAAGGCAGCGAGAACUUCUGUAUCACAGCUUAUGCAUAAUGCCCCUGAAAUGGAUAGAACGAGUUUUACCUUGGUUAGUAGAAACACUUAAUGAAGAAGAAGCAAGAUCUUUUCUUCAGAAUAUGCAAAUGGCAGCUCCAGUGUCGGAUCAUGCACUCGUUACACUAUUUUCUGGUUGGGCAUGCAAAGGCCAUCCCAGGAGCAUUUGUUUUUCUGCAAGUGCUAUCGACCGUUGUCCUGAACGGAUAUUGACUGGAGAUGAAGAAUCAUGCUCCUCCUUUUGUUCUGCCAGUGCAAAACAUUCAUGCAAUCUGGCAACUGAGUGUGCCAGGUCAUCCAAGGGUGGGAACGCAGUAUGUAAUGGAGACUUAAAUGGCUGUCUUCCUUCGAAAAACCCAAGCAAAAAACUUCACUUGACUCGUGUAAAACAAUCUCCUUGUGUCCCUGGGUUAGGAGUGGAUCAUGACAAUAAUUUAGGAAUGAGAUCUAUGGCAGCAGCGAAAUCACUGCGUUCUUUGUGUUUUCGUCUCUAUGCUCCUUCUCUCAACUCCAGUCUUUUUAGUCUGGAAACUGAUCCAAUCUCUCGUGGCAGUGGUUCUAAGUCCCGACCUAUUGAUAACAUAUUUAAAUUUCAUAAAGCAAUAAGCAAAGACUUGGAGUAUUUGGAUAAUGAAUCUGUAAAUCUUGGUGCUUGCAAUGAUACUUUCUUUAGGCAAUUUUGCGGUAGGUUUUAUCUGUUGUGGGGCCUAUAUAAAGCUCAUAGUAAUGCAGAAGAUGAUAUAGUAUUUCCGGCAUUGGAAUCAAAAGAAGCUCUUCAUAAUGUGAGCCACUCUUAUACAUUAGACCACAAACAGGAGGAAGAGCUAUUUGAAGGUAUUUCUAGUGCACUUUCUAAGCUGACAGACAUUCGCAGAGACUUGAAAGGGAAGAAAAAGUGUAACGCUUCAAGUGGGAUGGAGUCUCAUACCUCUGAUUGUUGUGAUACUGUGAGAAUGAAUAUUGAGCUGGCAACAAAGCUCCAGGGCAUGUGCCGAUCAAUUAGAGUAACACUUGGUCAACAUAUUUUCCGUGAGGAAUCAGAAUUGUUGCCGUUGUUCCAUACAUAUUUUUCUGUGGAAGAACAGGAUAAAAUUGUUGGUAGAAUAAUUGGUACUACAGGUGCUGAGGUCCUUCAAUCAAUGUUGCCUUGGGUAACUUCUGCACUUACACAGGACGAGCAAAAUAAGAUGAUGGAUACAUUGAAGCAGGCAACCAGAAACACAAUGUUUAGUGACUGGCUAAAUGAAUGGUGGGAAGGACCUGCUACAUCUCCACAUCAUGUGGAAUCUGUCAUUCAUUUAUCUGGAGGUUCUGAUUCCCAUGACAUCUGUGACCAACAAAAUGAUUCGGUUUUCAAGCCGGGAUGGAAAGAGAUUUUUAGGAUGAACGAAAAUGAACUUGAAUCAGAAAUACGAAAGGUUGCCCAGGAUUCAACCAUUGACCCUAGGAGAAAAGAUUAUCUUAUUCAGAACUUGAUGACCAGUCGCUGGAUAGCUUCUCAGCAAAUGCUACCCCAAGCUACUACAGGCGAAACCUCAGAUGCAAGAGAUCUGAUUGCAAGUACCCCAUCAUUUCGUGAUCCUGAGGAACAAAUUUGUGGGUGUGAGCAUUAUAAAAGAAAUUGUAAACUGCUUGCAACGUGUUGUGGCAAGUUGUUUACUUGUAGUUUCUGUCAUGAUAAAGUCAGUGAUCAUUCAAUGGACAGGAAGGCUUCAACUGAAAUGAUGUGUAUGCGCUGCCUCAAAGUUCAGCCUAUUGGAUCUGUUUGCACAACACCAUCUUGUGGUGGUCUCUCCAUGGCAAAGUACUACUGCGGUAUCUGCAAAGUAUUUGACGAUGAAAGGGAAGUCUAUCAUUGUCCUUUCUGCAACUUAUGUCGUCUAGGGAAGGGACUUGGUACUGAUUUUUUCCAUUGUAUGACAUGCAACUGUUGUUUGGCAAUGAAGUUGGUUGAUCACAAGUGCCAAGAGAGGGGCCUAGAAACAAAUUGCCCAAUCUGCUGUGAUUUUUUGUUCACAUCUAGUGAAAGUGUUAGAGCUCUCCCUUGUGGCCAUUUCAUGCAUUCAGCUUGUUUCCAGGCUUACACUUGUAGCCACUACAUAUGUCCAAUAUGUAGCAAGUCCUUGGGAGAUAUGACGGUAUACUUUGGAAUGCUUGACGCUUUACUGGCCUUGGAGGUACUUCCUGAAGAAUACAGGGAACGCUGUCAGGAUAUAUUGUGCAACGACUGCUCCAAGAAAGGGAAAGCGCGCUUCCACUGGCUCUACCAUAAAUGUGGAAGUUGUGGAUCUUACAAUACCAAGGUGAUUAAGAUUAGCUCAAGUUCCUGCUUAACAAUGAAUUAGUAAGCUUCAGUGCCUCUUGCUGUCUACUUGUUUCUUUAACCACACCCUUAAAAUUGUCAUGGCAAGAUACAAGGACGACAUUUUCUACGGUUUUCAUAAUAGAAAAUUCAGGUACCAAGAUGGAAAGAUAAACGUAAAUUCAAACAUGACCAAUGUGUUGAGGGAAUUCAGGAUCUUGCUGAUUCUUCUAGUCUAACAGAGUCGGUUACUGUUGAAAUCUGGAAAAUGAAAGGAUCCAAGGAAUUAUGAUUGGGAAUGAAAUGGAUAAAUGUACAUUUUUAGUUCUGAUUGAUAGGAUUAAUUUCUCAUAAUCAUAAGCAGAAUUCUUGCCUCUUUCUUUCA